AGAAACAUAGAGAAAAGAAUGAGGGAGGGGAAAGAGGGAGGGUAGGUGAAGGAAGGAAGGAAGCCAGGGAAGGAAGGAGGGCAGAGAAAGGCACAGAGAAACAGAAAGAAUGACAGACCCAUAAUUCCAGAAAAGGAGCACACGGCGGAGGUAGAGAGAUCCUAAGCAGGGAGGAAGGAUGCAGACAGAGAGGCAGGCAGGCGAGCAGGCAGAGAGACACAGAAGCACAGAGAAACAGAGGGAAGAGGGGCUUGGAGAGGUGAGGCAGGUGGGCUGACCUGGGGAGGGCCCCCACAUCCACCCCACCCCCAGGCGAUAAGGCAGGGCCCAGAGAGCUGUCAUCAGGGCCCGCCCGCUGCCUGGUGCCUGCUCUGAGACCCAGCCUGAGCCUGCCGCUGCCACCACCACCGGCCCCUAGAGCCCCAGCCCCAGCACCCACCCCGGGGCAUGCCUUUACUGCCCCAGGCCAUGACGGCUGUGCAGUUGAUUGUGCUUGCUAUGGUGACAGGGCAUGUAGGAGGCGAGACCAGAAUCAUCAAGGGGUAUGAGUGCCCCCCUCACUCCCAGCCCUGGCAGGCGGCUCUCUUCCAGAAGACUCGGCUGCUCUGUGGGGCAACCCUCAUCGCCCCCAGAUGGCUCCUGACAGCAGCCCACUGCCGCAAGCCCCAGUACUUGGUGCAUCUCGGUGAACACAACCUCCAGCGGCCAGACGGCUGUGAGCAGACCCGGACAGCCACCCAGUCCUUCCCGCAUCCCGGCUUCAACAACAGCCUCCCCAACAAGGACCACCGCAAUGACAUCAUGCUGGUGAAGAUGACCACAGCGGCCCUCAUCACUCGGGCCGUGCAACCCCUCACCCUGUCACCGCACUGCGUCUCAGCCGGCACCCGCUGCCUCAUCUCCGGCUGGGGCACCACGUCCAGCCCCCAGUUGCACCUGCCUCACACCCUGCGUUGUGCCAACAUCAACAUCAUUGAGCACAGGGAGUGUGAGGACGAAUAUCCCGGCAACAUCACGGAGACCAUGGUGUGCGCCAGUGUUCGGGAGGAAGGCAAGGACUCCUGCCAGGGUGACUCUGGGGGCCCUCUGGUCUGCAAUGGGUCUCUCCAAGGCAUAAUCUCCUGGGGCCAGGAUCCCUGCGCUGUCUCCAGGAAACCCGGUGUCUACACAAAGGUCUGCAAAUAUGUAGACUGGAUCCAGGAGGUUAUGAAAAACAAUUAGCUGGGAACAGCUCACCAGAACCCAGUAGCCUCCCCGCCCCCUGGCCAAUACACCCCACACCCUCCCGCACCCCUUGCCCCUCUGUCCUGGACCCUCUGGUGAUGCAGUCCUGUCCAUUCAGCUAGCAGGACGCCAGCCUCCAUCUGUGGGCCUCCUGGAGCAGGAGAGAUGCUGCAGCUGGGGUUUGGAGUUCAUGAGGCCUAGGUUCAAAUUCAGCCUGGUGCAGGAGCGGCAGAUGCCCCUGUAACACUGCCCUGGGCACACACGUGCUGCAUCUCUCUGUAACCGUGGAGUGAAAUGACUGUCCCCAGCACUAAAGACAAUAAACAUCAGUUAGACAAAAGAAGCUGUGAAGUGCUUA